CUCGUCUCCACCUGCCUUUCCAACCACUUUCCUUAUAAACCUUCAUUCACGGUAUUCACGAAAACUUCUCUGUUUUCUCUCACACACAGACAUACAGAGAGAGAGAGAGAGAGAGAGAGAGAGAGAGAGAGAGUUUGUGGGGUGUGAGAUUUGAGUGAGGGUCAUCAUGGCUUCAGCUGCAAAAAGGAGAAAAGCCGCUAGGAAGAAGAAGAAGGAACUGGAGAGCCAAACCACCAGCAACCCUCACGAAAAUGGUGAUCUGAUAAGUGAAAACGAGAAGGAUAGCGAUGGCGGUGCCGAGGAUAAUUCCCCAACAUCUGAGGACCAUCCUAACUCAUUCAAUGAAGGCAAUGAGGACUUGAAGAGUGGAGAAUCUCCGUCUCCUCUGUACGCGUCUAAGAACAAACCUCCAGAGUCAAAUGCGGUUGUUCAGAUUGUUGAAAAGGUGGAAGCCGGAGUUGAUUUACAGAUCGAGCGGAGGGAUGUUGAGGAAGCUGUUGGUGAUGAAACUGAUGGCCAAGGAAGCGAGUUAAAAUCUAACGGUGUUCUUAUAGUUAAGGUUGUCAAGAAAGAGGAAACCGAGGAAGAGUUGGAGAGCACAAGCAUCUACAUCGAGAGGCUUGAGUCCGCCAAGGAAUCCUACAAUGGAGAGAGUGAGAGUUUGCCGGUGGUGAAUUCGGCAGAGAACCCGCCUGAGGUACCAAUGACCCUGAGAGUGGCGCGAAGGUCUUCAUGGAUGAACUGCUGUGGAUUGCUUGAUGUCAUAUCUGGAUCCAGGACAUAAUUUUUCGGAUUUGGAUUUUCCAGUCACCUGGGAAAUCGGUAUGAUUGUUUCAUGGCUAAGAACGGUAUCCAUUGCAUUCUAUAGCUGUAGAAGCUAGGUUUAGUAGUACAGCAGCAUUUACAAGUUUAUCAAGGAGGGUCUCGACUCUUUGAGGUCUCAGUUGUUACCUUUGAGACUAGGCUAGUGCCGAAGAACUUGACCAUCCUCAUGUUCCCUUCCCUAUUUCUAUAAAGUCAGCUGUUACUUCCGGGUA